UGCAUUGGCCAAUACGUCAGGGGCAACACAUCAAUCCUACCGUACGGUGCAACGCACCCACCUAAUUCCGAAACCAUGCCGGCGCCAAAAGCAGCAGGACGGCCCUCUGGAAUAGUUGCUUGAAAACGGAGGAGGUUCCAAUUAAUCAAUAGCUUCGAUAGCUUCCGGAUCUGACUCCAUUCCCGGCCAUUUUCACAGUGAUAUGCCAGAACAUAGCAGCCAACAAUGAGUGGAGCGAGACUGUGUGCAUUGUUGGGGGAAUUGGGUUACGAAGGGCACGAGUCAUUGGACCCAGACAGCUUCGAAUGGCCCUUCCAAUACGACGACGCUCGACCCAUCCUCGACUGGCUCUGCUCUAGCCUCCGCCCUUCCAACGUCCUCUCUCCCUCCGAGGUUUCUCAGUGUGAGCAAUUUAUACAAGAAGGGAAGUUAUUGGAGGGGGAAGACUUGGAUUUUGCUUAUGAUAGCAUAUCUGCCUUUUCAACUAGGAGAGACAACCAGGAGGCAGUUUUUGGAGCUGAAGAAGGAUUGAAAGACAUACGGGAUGCUACUUUAGCAUAUAAAGCUGAGACUUUGGAAUUGCAGAGACAGCUUAGGCAAUUGCAGACUCAGUAUGAUAUGCUUACUGGACAGGCUUCAGCAUUGAUCCAAGGAAGAAGGGCACGAGUGGCAGCAACAUCUACUGUCAAUGGACAGCUUACUACUAUAGAUGAUAGCCUUUCAGCAAGAAAUUUAGAGAUGAAUGCAGUUCUCGGAAGGAUGGCUUCUACGGCUCAAGAGUUGGCUCAUUAUCAUUCGGGGGAUGAGGAUGGCAUCUACUUAGCUUAUGCCGACUUUCAUCCAUAUUUGAUUGUGGAUGCGUCUUGUAUGAAGGAGCUGAAUCAGUGGUUUCAUAAACAACUGGACACGGGUCCUUAUCGACUAGUUGCUGAGGAGGGCAGAGCUAAAUGUUCAUGGGUGAGUCUUGACGACGUCUCAAACACCUUAGUACGAGCAGAUUUAGAGAAGUCACAUCAUCAACGUGUAUCUGAAUUGCAACGGCUUCGCUCUAUAUUUGGAACGAGUGAAAGACAGUGGGUAGAAGCUCAAGUUGAGAAUGCUAAGCAGCAAGCUAUUCUCAUGGCACUUAAAGCUCAAGUAACAUCAGAUGAAGCUCACAUACAUCUUGAUCUUCAUUCUCUUAGGAGAAAGCAUGUUGAACUCGUGGGAGAACUUUCAAAUCUUUAUCACAAAGAAGAGAAGUUGUUAUCUGAGACUAUUCCUGAUCUUUGUUGGGAGCUGGCUCAGCUUCAAGACACAUACAUUCUGCAAGGUGAUUAUGAUUUGAAGGUCAUGCGCCAAGAAUACUAUAUUAAUCGACAAAAAGCGUUCAUAAAUCAUCUGAUUAAUCAGCUUGCAAGGCAUCAGCUUUUAAAAAUAGCUUGUCAGCUGGAAAAGAAGACCAUGCUUGGAGCUUAUUCAUUGCUUAAAGUUAUUGAGUCCGAGCUGCAGGGAUACCUGUCAGCAACCAAAGGCCGAGUGGGUCGUUGCCUAGCAUUGAUUCAAGCUGCAUCUGAUGUACAAGAACAAGGAGCAGUGGAUGAUCGAGAUACUUUUCUUCAUGGUGUUAGAGACCUCUUGAGUAUUCAUUCAAAUGCUCAAGCUGGUUUGCCAACAUAUGUAUCGGCACCAGGCAUUGUUCAACAGAUGUCUGGCCUUCAGUCAGACUUGAUGACCCUUCAGUCUGACCUAGAGAAUGCCCUUCCUGAGGACAGAAAUAGAUGUAUCAAUGAGCUGUGCACUCUUAUUCAAAGUUUGCAGCAACUACUUUUUUCGUCGUCAACAACAGCGCAACCAAUACUGACAACUCGGCCAUUAAUGAAAGAGCUGGAUGAAAUGGAAAAGAUCAAUGCAAAACUCUCCGCUGCAGUUGAAGAAGUAACCCUUGAGCAUUGCAAGAAGAGUGAGAUUGUAAAACAUCAUUCACAAGAGGUGGGCCUUCAGAGGCGGGUUUUUGUCGACUUCUUCUGCAAUCCUGAGCGUUUGCGGAAUCAAGUUAUAGAACUGACUGCUCGAGUCAGGGCUUUGCAAGCUUCAUAGUUCAUCAUUCGAAUGCUGUUAAUAUUAUACAUUGGGCUAUCAAUCCCAUCAGUGAACCGAUGUUCGUAAAAUCUCAUGUCUAUUAUUGUCUUAUUUUUAUCGAUGCUGAAAGAUUUUAAUCGAGUGGAACCCAAUGUGUAGUUUUUGUUUAUUACAAUACCAUUCAUUUUAUCACAAUUCUAGCACAGGUUAACCA